AAUGACAUUUCACCGAUGGCAAAUUUCCAAGCUGCCCUCGUUGGCUUUUCAUCUGAUUUUCUCUCAUGCUUCUCCAUGCUCAAAUUCUCUAUGGCUUCAAUACUUCUCUUGCUCCUCUGGGUGUCUUUGCUCAUCCCGGGAGAUGCUAAUCCUUCACCGACCCAAUCCUUCACAUCUGUGGUCAUAUCCCAAAAGGGUCUUGAUUUCCUCAAAGACUUGUUCAUUAACAAGGCAAUUUCUUCUGUGAUUCCGAUUAAUUUGCCCGAGUCCGAAAAAACUGUCAAAAUCCCAUUUGUUGGAAACGUUCAUAUGGUGUUAUCGAACACUACCAUAUACCAAGUUGAUGUUCCUUCAUCGGAUGUUAACCCGGAUGAGUCGGGUGUUUCUAUUGUUGCUUCAGGAACUACAUGCGACUUGAGCAUGGAUUGGCGCUAUUCAUAUAGUACUUGGCUUGUUCCAGCGGAGAUUUCUGAUAAAGGACGUGCUUCUGUUCAGGUCGAUGGCAUGGAAGUUCGACUUACUUUAGGAUUGGAGCUUCAAGAAGAAACGAUAAAACUAUUUCUUCUCGAGUGUGGUUGUUCCGUCCGAGAUAUAUCUAUAAAGUUGGAUGGAGGAGCAUCUUGGCUUUAUCAAGGGUUGGUUGAUGCAUUCGAAGAACAGAUAAGUUCUGCUGUUGAAAAGGCGAUUUGUAAGAAACUAGGAAAAGGAAUCUUGAAAGUUGAUUCCUUUUUGCAAGCACUUCCCAAGGAAGUCCAAGUGGAUGAUAAUGCUUCUUUUGAUAUUACUUUUGCGGAAAAACCCUUACUUAGUAACUCCUCCAUUGGUUUAAAGAUCAAUGGUCUGUUCAGGGCAGGAGAAAAGCUCCCAAUACCAGAGUACCACUUUGAAAAAUCACCUUCAGCUUCCUGUACGGAUCCUUCUAAAAUGUUUGGAAUAACAAUAGAUGAAGCAGUCUUUAACUCUGCAUUGGCCCUAUACUACAAUGCAGAUUUUAUGCAGUGGAGUUUGAAUGAAGUGCCCAACCAGCCGCUUCUAAACACUGCUGGAUGGAGAUUUAUUGUUCCCCAACUGUACAAGAAAUAUCCUGAUGCUGACGUGAGCUUGAAUAUCACUUUACCUUCUCCACCAAUCGUAAGGAUUUCAGAGCACCAAAUUUUUGCAACCAUGGACAUAGACCUGAUAAUUGACGUAGUAGAAGGAGGUGAAUUAAUACCAGUUGCAUGCAUCUCAUUGUUGGUUCGUGCCUCCAGUACAGCUAAAAUCUUGGGGAACAACCUCAUUGGCAACGUCAAUUUAAACGAUUUCGAGAUGUCAUUGAAGUGGAGCAAUAUUGGGAAUCUGCAUAUGGACCUAAUUCAGCCAGUUGUGCAGACUCUAGUCAAAACUACGUUGUUGCCAAAUGCCAAUGCGUAUCUCAAGAAGGGGCUCCCACUGCCCAUCAUCCAUGGUUUCAUGCUUCAAAAUGCUGAAGUAAUCAGCUCAAAUUCAAGAAUUAUGGUGUGCAGCGACAUUUUAUGGACAGAGGAACAUAGUCCUGAUCAUCUUCACAACUUGUUUAGGUAGAGAACAUGAUAGGUCUCAUAUGUCCUGUAAACUUCAGGCAAAGAAGAAAGCACGUUGAAUCUCUGUACAGGGUUUAUUUUAUGGCCGAGGUUAGAUGAGUUCCAAACCACCCCAUAAAGCGCUUGUUAUGGAUUUCUCUAUGUACAUGUGAAAUAUGUAAAGCUAACGUUUUUAUUUGAUUAAUCAUUCAAGGAGGAAUUGAUUGCUUCUCUUUUGAAUGUACUCUGAACUGUGUACUUUACGAUCAAUGAUAAAGAUCAUUAACUUGAUUCGCCAACA